CAGCUACAAUAUGGAAAAAUCUUGGAUAUGAUGAAGCUUUAUAUGAAGAUUUGCUAACAGAACUUUAUAUUUACAAAUAUCAAAAAAAACUAUAUAAUCAAACAUUUCAAAAAGAAAGAGAAUCACCACUAAAAUGGUGGCUUA